AUGGAGGCGUCCCACAACCGUGGGGAUGUGGCACUGAGGGCCGUGGGCAGGUUGUCACGCGGAGGAGAAAGCCUGGUUUUGCUGGGACAGACACUCUGCGAGUGCUCGCCGCCAAUGCACACAAUGUCCAAGGGGACUCAGGAUGCCACCGGCUCGAGGGAGCCAGCAUGCGUGCUCUGUGGCCGAGUGGAUCAGGACUCGAGCAUAUAUGGGCACAAGCAUGAGAAAAACGGGUUCUACUUCCAUACUUUUUGUGUGAUAUUCUCCACUGGUCUUUGUAAACCAGGAAACAACAACAGAAAUGCAUGUCAGUUCGAAGAAGAGCUGAUACGCACAAUCAGGCGGGGAGAGCAGACGCUCUGCUUCGUUUGUGGCCAGCGCGGGGCCACCAUCACCUGCGCAGAGCCGGACUGCGACCGCAGCUUCCACCUCUCCUGCACCUCAGAGGGUGAAUGCGUCACCCAGUUCUGCGAUGAUUUCAGGUCCUUCUGCUGGGUGCAUCGUCCACAUCAGGCAGUGGAGGCAGCGCCGGUGCAGGACACAACCUGCAUCAUCUGCUUGGAGCCCAUGGAGCACAGCAGAUCAUACUGCACCAUGGUGUGCCCAGCCUGCCGACACGCCUGGUUCCACCGGGCUUGCAUCCAGGAACAGGCCAUGUGCGCAGGAAUUUAUGGCUUUCAUUGCCCCCACUGCCGAGACAGAGACAUGUUUCUUCGAGACAUGCUCACUAUGGGGAUCCGAAUCCCAUUCAGAAAACCAACAUGGGAGGACAAUUAUGACUAUGCAACCCUGGGAGUUAGGCAUCAGCGCUGUGAUGCCAGCGAGUGCCAUUAUCCACAUGGCAGGGAGCGAGAAGAGGGAGAGGGGUGAGUUCCCUCAGCAGCCCUCUGGGCCUCCGCGUGGGAUCGCAGCCUCACCACGGGCUGGGAGAGCACACACUGGGCACCAGAGCCGUGCCGGCGCUCCCUG